AUGGACCCAAUCUCCAUCGCCUCUGCAGCAGCGGGGAUAAGCGCCUCCUGCUUCAAAAUCGCCAGACUACUCUACGACUACGUGGAGGAGGUGAAAGAAGUCGACAAUGUUAUCGCGCUGUUCGGAAGGGACCUGCGUACUCUUUCCCGUGCGCUGGAUAGCGUGCAUGACGCGCUGAGUGAUCAUGGCAAGGAGCUAGCCGCUAGCUUGGGGAGUAAUGCGAAAUUGUUUGAUUCAUUGGAGGGGUGUAUACAAGACUGCGGAGAGACCGUCGAGAGAAUCAAUGAGAUUCUUACAAAAGCGCAAACCCACGGAUCCGUGGGCCAGUCUGUGCGUCGAGUAGCAACGCACCUCAAGCUCAGCGACAAAGCGCAGGAAUUAGCGCUCUUACGCGGGAGGGUAAUUUCUUUCCACACGGCCAUGAAUAUGAGUCUGCAGAUGAUCCACGUCUGUCUUGCUCUGCACAUCCAAGCAAGCACUGAAAGUAAGCAGGAGGACGUGCUCGAUGGGAUUGGCCAGCUGCAGAGGCAGAUCAAGAGAUUGACGCGCCUCGCGCAGAAGCAGAGGUCGGCCGAUGAUGAGAGCUGCACGCUCCCUGGUUCUGUGCAGAAGUGUCUUGACUCGGCUGUUGCGCUUGAUACCUCGGCGAGCACGGUCGUCGACGAUAUGCACUCUGUUCUCGGGGCGAUGACACAAGCACCGGAGGAGAAGAUUGAGCGGUGGAUGACCGAUAGCGAGAAGUGGGAGGUUCCCGCGUUGAAUACGAACAGAAGUGAUGACGAGUCUUUUGAUGAUGAGAGUGCCAGCACGUUCCGAGGCACUGCGCCAACAACGCAAGCCACCGAUCUUGACCCCGAAUUCUCAGAUCAUCAGACAAAGCUCCAAGCCGCGCGCGAUCUAUCCAGCAGAGGACGCAUCGAAUCAGCCAAAUCGCUCUGUCGAGAGGUGAUCCACGACUCCGAGUUCACGGCUGGUGUGAACGACCCAUCCUACAAAAAGGGCGUACUUCUCCUCGCCGAGCUAUAUGAGCAUGCAGGCGACAUCGACGAGGCGAACUCGUUGCGUGAGAUCCUGAAUCCUGAACAACGAGUCAAGAUCCGGAAUGACUUCAAGGCAUUGCUACAAAAACGGUCUCUGAGCGCGUGCAUGGAGUUCGUCUUGGUAUGGGCCUGUCUGUUCUACGACAACGACCCGCUCAACCGAUAUCGGGAGCUUCUCAAGAAACUGCCCCUGCACGAUGAUUUCUCCGACUCGGUCGUUUCUGCUAUUGUGGCUGGUGCGGGGAAUAGUUUUCUCGUGCAGCUGAUGCUCAGUCGUGGGACUUCAUUUAUGCGUCCUAUCCCGGUGGGUGAAGGUGAAGGGGAGGAAAUCACUGCUUUUGAAUGUGCGUUUGACCUUGGACAUCGACAUAUUGUUCAAUUGUUACUUGAGAGCACGCCGAAUCGCACCGGGGCGGCAGAUCUUGACUCGAAGUAUAUCGUGCAGGCUAUUACAGCGCACGAUUAUGAGAUGGUGGCUCUUCUCUUGAGAUACGGAGCCGAUGCCAACACGAUCUAUACCGGCCCGGACUCUGAGAGGACCAUACUGUGGAAAGCAGUUGACAUAUCCGAUAUCAGAAUGGCCGAGCUCCUACUGAACAACGGCGCAUCUCCCGAUUUUCGUCUUUCAGACGGAAGUCCGCAGCGAGUUCUCGUGAAAGCAGUGCACAGCAAGAACCUCCCAAUGACAAACCUUCUGCUAGAGCACGGUGCUCAGCGCGUUUACUACAAGUACGGAUGGGGCCAGGAGAACGACGACUGGGAAAAAAACCCCCUCUCGCUGGAUAGAGAUGGGCCCGUUGUGUUCGCCAUCGCGAAGGACUGGAGAGAUUUAGUUGAAGUGCUGGUGACGGAGGAGUCGCAUGUAUUCCGGCGCGCAAUACGCGAGACGAUUGAUCAUCGCCGACAACCACUCCUUGAAUAUCUACUCUCGAAGAGCCCCAUCUUCGCAGCUGUAGGUGUUGACUACACCGUUACGAUGGGCGCAGUCUGGAGUCUGGAGCCAUUACUGCGAGUUGGGGGGCGAGUCAGAUACUCUCACCUAUCGAACGCGGUCCAACAGGCCAUUCCCCCCAAGCCAGAGAUGGUGAAAGCCCUGCUAGAAGCUGGUGCGCCGAUAACAGCACCAGACGACGACGAUUGCCCACAAGAUACUAAUCGGCUGCUGCGGUAUGCUAUCAGAAUGGCGCUGGAUCCGGAUAUCCUGCCGUAUAACAUCCCGCCCUUGAUGAAGACAAUUAGUCUGCUCAGCAAGGCGGGGGCGAAGUGUAGUCCGGCGAAGAAGAGGAGUUUAAGGCUAUCUGCUAGACGCAGGGAGGUUCUCGCGCUUCUUAAAGGGGCGAAUGUCAAGUCUUGA